AACAUGAAGGUGUGGGUAGUUAUGACCGCCAACAUAGCCACGAGCGAAGUGUGCGACCCUCAGAGAUGAAGGAUGAAGGUCGUUGACGGUCAAUAAUACCGACGUAGUUGUUCGGUCAUCGUCACGCCUAGCUACUCAGCUAUGUCGACUAGGACGACUAGUCUAGCUCUAGCAUAUUCGCGUUCUCUACGUCCAGUCUAAGCUAGGCUAGUCAUAACGCGAACAGACAGUAGCGUCUUUCCUUUUCUCCUCUGUCAUAAAACCCCCUGUCUCUACAGAAACUAAUAACGAGCUUUGCUUUUCAUAUCGUACGCUCAAUUACGGACGUCCGAACGUAUUCGACCAUGUUGCCUCGCGCGUGCGACACUAUCUAUAGCAAGAUGUUCAUUGGCGGUCUCAACUGGGACACAACCGAUGAGUCCCUCAGGAAUUACUUUUCCCAGUUCGGUAAAGUAGAUGCAUGCACGAUCAUGCGCGAUGCUGCUGGCCGGUCGAGAUGCUUUGCCUUUUUGACCUUUGAGGAUCCCGCAAGCGUUAAUGCGGUGAUGGUGCGGGAGCACUUCCUAGAUGGCAAGAUUAUUGAUCCAAAGAGAGCAAUACCUAGACAAGAGCACCAACGCGCCACAAAACUGUUCAUCGGCGGUCUUGCAGGGAGUGUGACAUCCGAGUCGAUGCGAGAUUUCUUCUCGCAGUUUGGCAAGGUCAUUGAUUCGACCGUCAUGUUAGACCGUGAGACAGGGAGAAGCAAGGGUUUUGGAUUUGUUUCAUUUGAAGACACAAAUGUCCAACCCUUCCUCGGUUUUGGGAACCUAGAGAUCGAUGGGAAAUUGAUUGAUGUGAAGCUGGCGCAACCGCGUUACCAGCGCGACAACUUCAGUGAGGACGGCGGUCAACAGCAGUACACCAACAAGGGCGGGAAUUUCAAUGCAGCAGCUAACUCUAUGCCCGCGGCUCCCUCGGGCAACACUCCAUUUGAUCCUCAAGCUCUUGCCGCUUUGUACACCCGCAUGUUCCAAAUGGCAGGCGGAGGCGGCAUGAUGGGAGGUAUGGGUAUGAGUAUGAAUCCAGGCAUGACCCCGGGGAUAAAUCCAGGCAUGAUGGGGGUGGCAUGGGAAGUCCCUGGCACACCCACAGGGCCUGCCAGCCUAGGUCCGAAUGUCCCACGAGGUCCACGAGGAACACAAGGUGGUCCGGGUGGUCCUGGUGGUCUUGGCGUUGGCCCACAACGUGCGGGACAACGAGGGCAGCACAGCUACCAUCCCUACGCGCGCUAGUUCUCGUGAGAUCGCUGGAUUCGCAUUGUCAUUAACUUAUCAAUUCAAAAGCUGGCCCGUGUACGCAUGAAGAUGAUGGACCUUUCAUAUGCAUUUAUACACAGUAGUCUUGUUCGUCAUUUUCGCCUUUUUUUUUAAGUACAGUUCCUGUAGUAUGUUCAGAAGCCGUAUGGAAUGGCCUAUGUAUAUUGCUAGGUUCCAUAAAUAUUUGGCCAGGUUUUGGACAAAU